AUGGAGGCUUCUCUCGGGUCCUCUGUACCUUCUACGAAGCUACAACCCACACGUUCUUCCUUAUCAGUCGUACAGGAUCAAUUUGGUAGCAGUGACCAUGACAACGACGGCGAAAUCGUGCAGAAAAUCUUAAAAAACGAGAAAAAAACGAGAAAAAACUCUGAACAGUCCACGUUUCUAUCAUUACCACGUAGCUUGAGCCUCGGCUAUGAGCCCCGUCGAGCUGUUCUAGGGUAUAAUGACCCAUGUAUUUUAUCUACAAGUGAAAAUGCGGAAGAAUCAAGUCUGGACGUGCAGGAAGCAGAGAAAAUGGAGCGGAAUCUGACUCAGGAGGUGCUCGACAUUUGCGUACCCCAAAAUGAGAUCCAAGGGCUCAGUACGUCGCUGGAUUUAGGUUCUCAGCCUAGUUCAGACUCUUUUUUUGCCACUUCGAAGCUCAAGGUGCUGUCUACAGGUGAGACGGAGUCUCUACAGCUCACCAACAGAGAGAUGCGCAGACCUCCGACAAGAUCUGAGCUUGUCAAUAUCACAACAGAUGAAGAAGCUUUUUCCGCAAUUCAGAGCAACAAGAAACUAGUGCCAUAUGCCUGGAUGCUAGCACAAGUUGGACAGAAGACCAGAAGGAAGAUUGGAGAUAUUAGGAACUCGUACUUUGCAGGUUGGCUCGUGGCUUGUUCGCUGUUUGUGGUGCUUUUGAACGCAUUUGCAAUUGCUAUUGUGCAGCUAACAUACCAUUCCACGGGUGUGGAUGAUGACCAGAAAGGUGAGUGCAGACAUUGGCUCAGGCUCCUCAUGACGAUGCACUUUCUAGGACUGCCGAAUAUUGUACUCAUUGCUCCCGUGGUGUUCCCGAACAAGUUUUUCUCACUGUACAGAGCCAAGGAUAAUCGCAUGAUCCGAUGUCCGUAUUUGCUGUUUUGCGAGAUGAUUGUGACGUUUCAGCUCGGAUUUAUGAUGUAUGUUGCAGUGAAUCAGUUACUGAACGCGCCGGUGAUUGUCAAGUGCCACGGUGAACUUAAACACAGUCAGACGAUCCUGUUCUAUUCUGCGACGGUUGUUUGGCUAGUGCUUUUCCGUCAGAUUGUCAUCUUCUGCCGCUUUCUGACGCAUUUGAAGCUGCAAGCGGGCGGUUCGAAUGAUGCAUCGCAUACAUCAGCACUAGGAAGUUGGUUCAUAGCGAUGAAGUCGCUCUCAUUUCGAAGGGAAGAGACGCGACUUGUGAAGGAAUUUAAGAAGCUUCUCUAUCGUGCAGUCGCUCGUGGUGAUGUUCUUACGGUAGAAACACUGCUUUCUGAAGCACAGUCCAAGUAUAAGAUCACCAGGAUGCAGGAUCUAUACAAACCACCAGUACUUUGGUUUUAUGCCUUCGCAAAAUCGAGGAAGAACCCGCUACACAUUGCCGUCAAGCUGGGAGUACUUCGGAUCGUCGAGCUGCUGCUUGACCACGGAAUGGAUGUAAACGUGCUCGAUAAAGUGGUGCGCGUGAACUUUAACGUCGGCCUGGUGUUUAAGAUUAUCAGCCGCAUAUUGGUUCGGACACAAGAUGGCCUUCGGUCGCCUUUGAAGACCCUCCUAUGCUCAGUGCUGCUCCCACCACUCCAUGGUGCUGUUGCGGAAGGCUACGUUGAUAUCGUCCGUUUGUUGAUCAGUAAGGGUGCCGAUGUGAACGCGUUACCAAGAGCAUCAUUUUACUACUCAGCUGCAAUUCUCCCACCAAUUUUCGUGACAGACGACCCGCAAGUGCUACGCCUACUGGUAGCAAAUGGUGCAAACUUUCUCCAAGUUGCGUCUGUAUCUCUCACAGGGUUGGUUCGAACGUAUGCAACGCCAUUGCAACAAAGUACUUUCACGCUGAGAUCAGAUCUAAGUGACUAUCUGCUGGAGUGUGGUGGUGAUGUCGCGCUGACCCCACUUCAUGAGGCAGCUGCUACCGACAACGUUGGAAAGAUUAAGUGGCUUCUUGCUCGUGGUAUUCAGGUUGACACACUGGGAGAACGUGUCGAGGGCGUGCAUCGUCGGACGCCGUUGCAUUGGGCAGCAGUUGUUGGCAAGGUGAAUGCUGCUAAGUUGCUGCUCGAGAAAGGUGCUAAUCCUAACGCAAAAGACCGUGACGGCCGCACACCCUUGCAUUGGGCAGCCAGAAACAACCACGACGAAGUGGUAUCGUUACUGCUUGCUCACAACGCUCAACCUGGCGCUAUUGAUGAUGAAGGUAUCCCCGUCGUAUGUUUUGCGGCGGAGGCUGAAGGCGUGGACUCGUCAGUUUUCUCUAAUCUUGUGGCUGCCGGCGCUAAUCUGCGGACUCAAGUGUCUGGCGGAAACACUGCGCUACAUAUCGCGCUGCAGAGAGAGAACCGACAAACAGCAGUAUCGCUGAUCAAAUGCGGAUCGAGUAUGAUGAUCACAAACGAUUUUGGCAAGCGAGCUGUGGACUGCACGACAUCUACUGAACUACAAUUCUUGCUCAAGAAAGAAGCCGGAACUCGAAAAAUUAUGAUCUCAUACACGCACACUCACGCGCAAAUUGCGUCAAGAGUUCGUGAACACUUGGAAUCGCAGGAGCAGCUAACGUGUUGGAUGGAUACGAUGGAUCCCAGCGGUAUCGGUGGCGGCGCCGUUUGGCGAGAGGAGAUCGCACGUGGUAUCAGUAACUGCUCGCUGGUACUAAGCAUUGUGUGCGAUGGCUACACCAAAUCUGAGUGGUGUUUGAAGGAGCUUGCACUUGCGAAGCUUCUCCGUAAACCAGUUUUCGGUCUCAUUGUGGAGGAAGACCACGCAGCGUCUAUGGCAUCUUUGGAGCUACUUAUUCCGUACAAGAAUCGGAUUCCAUUUAAUGACUUUAUUCUAGCGAAACGACAAGAGAGUUUUCGAGCCGUUGUGUUUGAUAUCGACGAUGCUGCGUUUGCUCGAAGAUGGCAAGUCACACGCCCGCUUAUGAUUUCAAUCAUGAAGGACGGACGACACUUGGACAAAGAGGAGCGUGAUAACGUCGCUUCUCGUGUUCAUAGCCGAAGAAGGCAUCGCCGAAAGACGAAGAUGGAUAUUGCGAAUGAAGAAAGAGAGGGUAACAGAACAGACGACGAAGGUACUGUGACGAGUCCGAAAGAUGGACCUUUGCUCAUUUAUUCACCACUUGGUGCUGCGAGUUCCCUUCGAGUCAGGGUGAUGACAGACCUCGAAGGUUUUGGUUUUAUAUGCCGCGUUCUGGAAGAAAACUGUCUGAUUAAGCAGUUGCAAACUUCUUGUGGUGUGGUGCUGCUUGUUGAAGUACCCAAAUCAUCUGGUGAAAAGGGGUCGGACGAGGCAAAGGCAGAAAAUUUUGUUCGAAAGCAGCUCAUUGCCUCGAUGACCCGUAUUGUCACAGUAGCGGAGAAUGUGAACCCGCCGAAAAGAGUGUACCCUGUGCUCGUUCAGAACAACUUUAUUGAUCUCAGCAAGAUGUACACUUUGGCGCGAUCAGAGCUGUUCUACUUUGUGGAUGGUGGUGGUUGGUCUCACAGUGUAGCGCGCUUGGUGGAUCAUCUUCGACUUAAGCAGGAACGAAGCAGUAGUGGUGGCGGCGUGAACCUUUUGGCUUCUAGUGCUUAA